AUGUCCAAACGUCAUUUAUUCCCCUCAUCAACGGGCCUCGUCCCCAAAGCCCUCCGUGGCAUUGUCGCCUACAACCCCUCCCUCUCCCUUGACGAGACCAACCGCGUCGUCUUUGACACCACACAUCCCACCUCGCAAGUCUCACUCAUCAGCGGCGGCGGCUCUGGACACGAGCCCGCGUGGUCCGGCUAUGUCGGCACCAACAUGCUGGCCGCCUCGGUGGCAGGCGACAUCUUUGCCAGCCCCUCCACCAAGCAGAUCCUCGCCGGCAUCGCCGCGGUCCCGUCCGACAAGGGCUCCAUCCUCGUGAUAACCAACUACACGGGCGACUGCCUGCACUUUGGCCUGGCGGCGGAAAAGGCCGGCCCCAAGUGCAGGGUGCUGAUCUGUGGCGACGACGUCUCGGUCGGCCGCAAGGGCAGCCUGGUCGGCCGCCGCGGACUGGCGGGACAGAUCGGCGUGCUCAAGGUCAUGGGCGGGGCGGCCGGCCGCGGCGACUCGCUGGACGACGUCUACGACCUCGGCGCCGCCUUUGCCGACCAGAUCGUCUCCAUCGCCGCCACCCUCGACCACUGCCACGUCCCCGGUCGCGCCGAGCACGGCAUGCUGGACCCGGACGAGGUCGAGAUCGGAACCGGCCCGCACAACGAGCCCGGGUACCGCAAGAUCUCGCCGCACCCCUCGCCGGAGCAGCUCGUGGCCGAGGUGCUGCGCUACUGCCUGGACGAAAAGGACCCCGAGAGGGCGUACGUCAAGUUCGCGCCCGGCGACGAGACCUUCCUGCUGGUCAGCAACUUUGGCGGCAUGUCGCACCUCGAGAUGGGCGCGCUGGUCGACGAGCUGCUGGAGCAGCUGGCGCGGGACUGGAAGCUCGAGCCGGCGCGCGUCUACUGCGGCCCGCUCGAGACUUCGCUCAACGCCCCGGCCUUUUCCGUCUCGGUGGUCAACGUGACGGCCGCGGCGGCCGCGAGCAAAAAGUACACGGUCGACGACAUCAAGGCCUUUGCCGACGUCAAGACCAGCACGUACUGGGAGUCGUACGCCGGCUCCCAGUCGACGCGGCGGCCCAGGGCGGAGCAGUUUGUGAAGCCGCCCGCCGAGCCGCAGCGGACCGUCGACCCGGCGCGCGACCUCACGGCGGACGGGCCGACGCUCGAGGCCAUGCUGCGCCGGGCCUGCGAGCAGCUCUCCCGCGCCGAGCCCGACCUCACCAAGUGGGACAUGGUCAUGGGCGACGGCGACUGCGGCGAGACGCUCAAGACGGGCGCGGACCACCUCCUCGCCGCGCUGGACGGGGGGCUCGCGCGCGGCGGGUCCGUCGUCGCCGUCCUGCACGAGCUCGAGGAAAUUGUCGAGAGCAAGAUGGGCGGGACGCUGGGCGGGAUCCUGGGGAUUCUGUUCGUGGCGUUCCGCAACGGCCUCGAGCGCCGCGCCGCCCAGGCCGCUGCUGGUGGUGCGCAGGCCGAUCUGGCGGGCAGCCUGGCGGCGGCGCUGCUCGAGGCCAUCGCGUCGCUGGAGCGCUACACGCCGGCCAAGGUCGGCGACCGCACCGUCAUGGACACGCUUAUCCCGUUCGCGCAGGCGCUGCGGAACGAUGGGUUCGAGGCGGCCGUCAAGGCGGCCGUCGAGGGGAGCGAGGCCACAAGGCACAUGAAGCCGAGGCUGGGCAGGGCGACCUACGUUGGCGCUGGCAGUGAGGGUGGCGAGCUGCCGCCUGACCCUGGAGCUUGGGGUGCUAGGGUUGCCAUUGAGGGGUUGUUUUCAGGGUGGAAAUAA